AUGAAAGACUCUACAACCAGCGAGGUCAACAUUGACGGCGAUGGUGCAACCGAAGGAUGCGGAAACUCAAUUCCAAACGAAAAGAUUGGGACCGAGGCAAGCCACGGCUGUCUGAGUCGAAGUCGUACGGGCACGUUGGAGACAAUCUGUGAGAGUUCCAGUGACACCGGUAUCGACCUGGAAGCUGCGCCACAAGAUCUUGUAGCGGAUGAUGUCCCUGGGUCUAUGUAUAUUCCCGACGCCAGGCGCAUCGAAGCCGUUCGAGACGGGCUUCUUCGAGUCCUCGAUGGCCCAUUCUUCCAAACACUUGGUCUACUUGUUCUACUCUUGGUGGUCAUUGACGGUGCAUUCUUCUUUUUCCUCUUAGUAGGAUGGCAUGGACUUUGUCCACCCGGCACCAACGAUUGUGACCAACGCAACUAUUGGUACAAUUUCAGUGUACAGGUCCUAACGCUUCUCUUUACAUAUUCCGCCCUCAUCAGCCUGCCUUGGCGUUGUGCCAACUUGAUUCAUCUUACCCGACCAAGCAGAGCUACUACAGCAGAUUCUUCCAACGCAACAGCAGGAACCAAUCUACAGGGUCUUGCCACCGAGGAACCUUGGUUUUACAUUCCAACGACUCGCCGCGUUUGGCUCACGACGCUGCUAUUAUGGAAUUCGCUCUUUCAGUUCCUGAACCAAGCAAGUCGUAUCGUCUACUCUGACUACGAGUCUCAAUCCAGCUUUCCAGGUUGUCUAUGGACCAAUCUCUUUUUUGGCUUGUCGUUCCUGUGUGCAGCUGUUGCUGGUGCAUGGAUCGCCUGGGAAACGAAACUGUUGCGGCAAGCUUAUCCGGGAAAGUUUGGAAUGGGGCCAGUUGACGCUUUCCAGGAGUUCUAUCAAACGUACUUCGGAGGGCAGUGCACACUGCCCAGGAAUAGAAGGGAGCAGGAGUCGGUGGAUGAGGAGGAGGGGUGA